AUGGUGUUUUCACCUGAAACCAUCCACUGCCUCAAGUCCAGCUUGAGGCUGUCUUCGGUUGUCCCGGCGACGGUGACCGACCAAAAGCACAAGGUCCAUGAACUGACUAACAUGGACCUGGCCGUGAAGCUUCACUACAUCAAAGGGGUCUACUUUUUCAAAAGCGACGCAGUUCAGGGGCUUACGGCACACGACUUGAAGAAACCUAUGUUCCAACUCCUUCAACUCUACUUCGCCGUCUCCGGGAGGAUAAGGAGGUCGGGGACAGGCCGGCCUUUCAUCAAGUGUAACGACAGCGGUGUGAGAACUGUGGAGGCAAGUUGUGAUGAAACCGUCGAUGAAUGGUUGGCCAGGGCUGUCAAGGAUGAUUCUGUGUUUGAUGGCCUGGCUUACAAUCAAGCUCUUGGUGAUCCUGAUCUUGGUUUCUCUCCUUUGGUGUUUAUACAGUUCACUUGGUUUAAAUGUGGAGGAAUGUCAGUGGGACUUAGCUGGGCAAAUGUUCUUGGGGACGCAUUUUCAGCUUCAAACUUCAUCAACCUCUGGGGGAAGGCCCUGGCAGGUCAGAUGCAGCAGAAGUCCUUGCAAAUACCAGACUCAGCAAAAGAUGAAUUUCAAGUUUCAGAACUUCCUAAACUAACACCAAGUGCCGUGAAAAGGGUUGAUCUAGUUGGCGAUUUAUGGCUUACGCCCAACAUCUCCAAGAUGAAGACGCAUACUUUUUAUGUUCAUGUAGAGAAAAUUAACCGUUUUCUCUCCGACAAAAAAUCCAAGGUCUCAGCUUUUGAAGUAAUCUCUGCAAUCAUAUGGAAAUUCUUGUCCAAGAUCAAGGAAAACGCUGAAGAGACAAGGAUGGUGACUCUUUGUACAAACAAAUCUGGUGAAAGAAAAUUUGAGUUUCUAAGUAAUGAGAUGGUGUGGAGUACAGUUGAAGCAGAUUUCUGGGUUGCAGAAGCUGAGGUCUCAGAGUUGGUGGAGCUCAUUAUGAACAAAAGGGAAGAUGAGAAUGGCAUGAUUGAAAAGAUAAUGGGGAAUAUUGAGACGGGGGAUAAAUCUGUAGACUUCAUAUCGUAUGGAGCAAACUUGACAUUUGUGAAUUUGGAAGAGAUGGAGAUUUAUGGGCUUGAAUUGAAGGAGCAGAAGCCAGUUUAUGCACAUUACUCCAUUAAUGGAGUCGGUGAUGAAGGAGUUGUUUUGGUGCUUCCUGCCGGGCCAAAAAGCGAGGGUGGAGAUGAUGUUGAUGGCGAUAGAACUGUGACAGUGAUUUUGCCUGAAAAUCAACUUGCACAGCUGAAAGUUGAGCUCGAAAGGAAUUGGAGUAUUGCUUGA